UACGUUCCUUACUGUGACGAUUUUGGACCUGUGAACCUUGCGGCUGUGUAUGAGUUCUGCAAGUACAUGCAAGAGAAACUUCAGGAUCCUCGACUUGCGAAUCGACAACUUGUUUAUUACGCAGAAAGAGAUGUUGCUUUACGAACCAACGCUGCCUUUUUGCUUGGAACCUAUUUGAUUGUAGUCGAACAGUGGACCCCAGAGGAAGCGGCUUUGGCGUUUGCUUCGAUGGGGAAAAGGCUCUUCGUUCCGUUCCGAGACGCUACCUACCAGCCGCCGACCUUUCAUCUGUCUCUGCUCGAUUGCCUACGAGGUCUGAAGGCUGCGAUGACUGCUGGUCUCUUCGACUACGAAUCCUUCGACGUGAAUCGCUACCUCUUCCUGGACAAUCCAGCUCAGUACGACCUGCAUCAACCGUGCCCGAAAUUCAUCGCCUUUCGUGGGCCCGACAGCCAGGAUGCUCGGAUGCUUCGUCCUGAAGCUUACAGCCAGAUCUUUCAUACGCUCAAAGUCUCUGCUGUGGUGAGGCUUAACGAGGCCUCGACGUAUGAUGCGGAAGAAUUCAAGAAGAAUGGGAUUCGCCAUUACGACAUGGAAUUCGAGGACUGCACGACUCCGCCUGCCAAGCUCGUUGACCGCUUCUUGUCCCUCUGCACCUCAGAAAAGGGAGUGGUGGCUGUGCACUGCAAGGCAGGGUUGGGCAGGACGGGAACUCUCAUCGCCCUGUGGAUGAUGCGCAAGUACCAGUGGACCGCCAGGGACUGCAUCGCCUGGCUCCGUAUUGUGAGGCCAGGCAGCAUCAUCGGCGUCCAGCAGCAGUACCUG